AUGUACAACUUGUCGCUCUCCGAGCCUGGCGGGGACAAUGUGUCCUGCGGCGGCUUGACUCUGGGCUGUCCCAACGGGUCGAGCCCCGCGCCUCUGCCGCUGCCGCAGCCACUGGCGGUAGCAGUACCUGUCGUCUACGCGGUAAUCUGCGCGGUGGGACUGGCGGGCAACUCAGCGGUGUUGUACGUGCUGCUGCGCGCGCCGCGCAUGAAGACUGUCACCAACGUGUUCAUCCUCAACCUGGCUAUCGCCGACGAGCUCUUCACCCUCGUGCUGCCCAUCAACAUCGCCGACUUCCUGCUGAGGCGCUGGCCCUUCGGGGAGGUCAUGUGCAAGCUCAUCGUGGCCGUCGACCAGUACAACACAUUCUCUAGCCUCUACUUCCUCACCGUAAUGAGCGCGGACCGCUACCUGGUGGUGCUGGCUACAGCCGAGUCGCGCCGGGUGUCCGGGCGCACUUACGGUGCUGCGCGCGCUGUCAGCCUGGCGGUGUGGGCGCUAGUGACUCUGGUCGUGCUGCCCUUCGCGGUGUUCGCCCGGCUGGACGAGGAGCAGGGCCGACGCCAGUGCGUGCUGGUCUUCCCGCAGCCAGAAGCCUUCUGGUGGCGUGCCAGCCGCCUGUACACACUGGUCCUGGGCUUCGCCAUCCCGGUCUCCGCCAUCUGCGCCCUCUAUACUACCCUGCUGUGCCGGCUGCGUGCCAUCCAGCUAGAUAGCCACGCCAAAGCCCUGGACCGAGCCAAGAAGCGUGUGACCUUGUUGGUGGCGGCGAUCCUGGCUGUGUGCCUCAUCUGCUGGACGCCUUACCACCUGAGCACCAUAGUGGCGCUCACCACCGACCUGCCGCAAACGCCGCUGGUCAUUGGCAUCUCUUACUUCAUCACCAGCCUGAGCUAUGCCAACAGCUGCCUCAACCCCUUCCUCUAUGCCUUCUUGGAUGACAGCUUCCGCAGGAGCCUUCGGCAGCUGGUGUCCUGCCGUGCCGCCUGA